AGACUCAAUAAGAAAAGCGUGAAACGAUCUCUGAUACUCUGAUAAAACACGCUGAUAACACGCAGAAGAUCCAGUCAGAGCAGAUAUUUUGAGAGGUUUUGUCUCUUUAAGUCUCAGUGUGUGAGAACAUGGCGGAGACAGAAGAGCCUUCAGCUGCCGGCGGUUCUGCUGACGUGAGGAUGGUUCUGUUGGGUCAGACGGGUUCAGGCAGGAGUUCUGCUGGAAACACUAUUCUGAGUCGAGACGCCUUCUGGACGGACGUGUCGCCCGUGUCCGUCACCGGCCGAUGUCAGAGGGCGGAGGGUGUGGUGGAGGGGCGGAGACUGCAGGUGAUUGACACCCCGGGCUUCUUUCACACAUGUCUGACCCCAGACGAGGUCCGGGCGGAGCUGAGCAGGUGCGUGAAGCUGUCAGAACCCGGGCCGCACAUCUUUCUGCUGGUGUUGAGACCCUGCAGACAAACCCGGGAGCAGAGAUCAGGUCUGGACUGGUUCAGCACCGUGUUCGGACCUCAGUUCCUCAGACACACGCUCGUUCUCAUCACCUGGGGCGACACGCUGAGAGAGAAACCUGCGGACGACUUUCUGAAAGAGAGCGAGGAAUUGUGGGAGUUUGUGCGGGAGUGUGCGGGCGGCCGUCACUUGUUUGAGAACACCAGGGGUCGUGAGGAGAGGUCACAGGUCGCCGAGCUGCUGAAGAAGACCGAUCUGCUCAUCCAGAAAAAUGAUGGGACGUGUUACACCGUCGACAUGCUCCUGCAGGCCGAGACCGCCAUACGACACAUACAGAGGAGGAUUCUGGGAGGGGACGGAGAGGAGGAGGCGGGGCGAGGAGGGCGGGACGAAGAGGAGGCGAGGAAGAGGGCGGAGCGUCUGUUCUGGUAUGAGCUGGUCACGGCCGUAGGUCGCGGGGCGGUGGAGGGGUCCGGUGUGAUGGAGAAGGGCAAGGGCAAAGGGAAGAAGGUGAAAGCCGUACAGAGGGCGGCGGCCAUCGCUUCCACGCCGCUGUCAAUCACAACUGCUGCUAAAGCGAUGGGCGGAGCCAUCAGAGAGGGAGUGAAAGUACUGCAGAAACAUAAGAAAACAUUCCCCAACUAACACAAAUACACACAAACAAACAUUUGUG